GUGAUAAACAGGAGAGAGACGCCGAGGAAGAGGAGACGAAGAAGAAGGCGACCAUGUUGAUUUAAAGGAAGAAGAAACACAAUAGAGGCGAUUUAUUUCAAGCAAAAAUCAGUUAUUAAAACGACUUAUAAAGGAAAUAAUUGAUCAACCACAAACUGGGUAUCCCUUGUAAAAUAACAGAGAAACUAAGGUGACGAGUUUGAGUUGUCGGCCGACGUUGAGGAGGAAGCAGGUUGAUCACGGCCACACUCACACACUUCACGCACCGACCUGGAGGCCUGUGGUGUCCAGGGAGAGAAGGUCCAACAACUGGAGCAGAGAGGAAACGCACACUGAGGACUUCAAGGGGGUGGAAAGCUUUUUGGCUUCGGACUAGAUUACCCCUUGUAAGAUUUGUGAUUUCAGGAGAAACAACUGUUUUUGUUUUUUCACACGUGGAGUGACAUAUACCUACACGGUGGAAAUAAACGGAGAACAGUACAGACUAUAUGAUUUUGGGGAAACACUUGUACAAAGUUGGACAUCCUUUUUUCGAGGACAGGAAUAUUGAGCAACUCUUAUGGACUCAAAGUGGAAGCAGGAAAUAUUGUUCAAUUUAGAAACAGAAGUUAAAGUAUUGAACUAAGAUUAUAUUGAAGAAGCUAUUCCCCAAGUUCAGAUUGCCUUAGUUGUUCUAUUUCAGGACUUGAACCGCUUUGAUACUUGUUCACAUAUAAUUUUUCUAUAUUGUGGGCAAGUAUAUUCAUGCAAAUGAAUGCAAAUUUCUCUUCAUUUUGAAGAGCUUUUGUGUAAAAAUUUGUUUUUUUUUUUGUUGUUUUUGUACGUCAGUCACUCUGUUGUUGAAGGGGACCGAACUGCACGUACAUGUGUAUAUGUAAAUACUACGAAUUGACUUCUGUUGUAAAAGCUUUGGACUUAAAAGAAUAGAGAAUAUUGUUUGUUAAUGCUUUAUUAAACUUUUUUACUUUUGAAGAGAAUUUUUAAAAAGAAAAACCUAAGAAGCAGAAAUCUAAUACCUUGAAGAGGACAAAAAAAAAAAAAAAAAACAAGGCAAGGAAAACAGGAAAAAUGGCAACCGCCAGAACAGAAAACGUUGGCCCGGUCGUCAUGGGACUGAACAAGCAGAACGGGCAGCUCAGAGGACAGACCAAACCAGCUUCAGUCCAGCCAGCACCCACAACUCAAGGAAAGGCUUUGGGUGCACCCCAGAAACCAGGCAGUGCGGCUCAAGAAGGAGGAGGCAUUAAGUUUGGAGAUGACUGGAAAAAGAGCCUAAAGCUCCCUCCCAAAGACAACAGGGUCAAAACCUCAGAUGUGACGUCCACUAAGGGGAAUGAAUUUGAAGAUUACUGUCUCAAACGAGAACUCCUGAUGGGCAUCUUUGAGAUGGGUUGGGAGAAACCAUCUCCUAUCCAGGAGGAGAGCAUUCCCAUCGCCCUGUCUGGACGGGAUAUUCUGGCCCGGGCUAAAAACGGAACAGGAAAAAGUGGAGCCUAUCUCAUCCCACUGCUGGAGAGGAUAGACCUUAAAAAGGACCACAUACAGGCCAUUGUCAUGGUGCCCACCCGUGAGCUGGCACUGCAGGUGAGCCAGAUCUGCAUCCAGAUCAGCAAACACCUGGGAGGAGUCAAAGUCAUGGCCACCACCGGGGGCACAAACCUGCGAGAUGACAUCAUGCGCCUUGACGAGACCGUGCAUGUGGUCAUCGCCACGCCUGGUAGGAUCCUGGACUUGAUUAAGAAAGGAGUGGCAAAGGUGGAUAGAGUCCAGAUGAUGGUGAUGGAUGAGGCAGAUAAGCUGCUGUCUCAGGAUUUUGUGGUGCUCAUCGAGGAUAUCAUCAGCUUCCUGGCCAAGAACAGGCAGAUCCUGCUCUACUCUGCAACCUUCCCCAUCAGCGUGCAGAAGUUCAUGGCCAAGCACCUUCAAAAACCCUACGAGAUAAACCUGAUGGAGGAGCUGACGCUGAAGGGCAUUACUCAGUACUAUGCCUACGUCACUGAGAGGCAGAAAGUCCACUGCCUCAACACACUGUUCUCCAGGCUUCAGAUCAACCAGUCAAUCAUCUUCUGUAACUCCACUCAGAGGGUGGAGCUCUUGGCAAAGAAGAUCACCCAGCUGGGUUACUCCUGCUUCUACAUCCACGCCAAGAUGAUGCAGGAAUAUAGAAACCGUGUGUUCCACGACUUCAGAAACGGACUGUGCAGAAACUUGGUCUGCACUGAUCUCUUCACCAGAGGUAUUGAUAUCCAGGCUGUCAACGUGGUCAUCAACUUCGAUUUCCCCAAGAAUGCUGAGACUUAUCUCCAUCGUAUUGGAAGAUCAGGGAGGUUUGGUCAUCUGGGCUUGGCCAUCAACCUGAUCACAUCGGAGGAUCGCUUCAACCUGAAGGCCAUCGAAGACCAGCUGGUGACCGACAUCAAGCCCAUUCCCAGCAGCAUCGACAAGAGCCUCUACGUCGCCGAAUUCCACUCCGGCAGCGCCGACUGUGAUGUGGAGGAGGUCGAGGAGAAAUCAGGACGCCAACAAGACAGCACCUAAAACAGGACAGCUGGACACACCAGGCUUUUGCGCAGACAUCAGCGCUUGCACACAGGCUUCAGGCAACUCUUCAGUUUCACUUUUCCACUCAUUUUCAGAGCCUGUCGAAUGGAUAUUAAGGCUGUUUUUAUUUUUCAGUAUUUCCUUAGCUUUUCCUCAAAGAGAGCUGCCUCCUUUUUUUUUUUUUUUUUUUUUUUUUUAAUUAAGUGAGAAAAUUAAACUAUCUUGUUUUGCACCAAACUCACACACGGACCAUUUAGAAUAUUUCUCCUAAAGUAUAUUUAGGUUACAGCACACGGCUGUUGAAAUGAAAACAGCAGUGCAAAUGUUUAUCAAAGCUGUUUUGAACCCGUCGUCCUUGGAGACUGUUUUCAUUGCCAGCAGCAAGGUUGGUCUGUUUUAAUGUUACAAUGGUGCACUUACACCAGCCAUCGUUCUGUCCACUUACACUGCUGUUGUCACUUAAGUGCCUUACUUACUCCCAUGUGCACUCAUCCAUUCAUAGCCUGCUGUCUCCUGUCGUGCAGCAGAGUUACGAGCACAAAUACAAUGAAUCAAACGGUAACCCGAGUUUAUUCAAACAUCCAUUAUGCAAGGGAAAAAGAGAACACACUCUUCUGUGUGUCAAAACACGGCUCAAACACCUUUUUGGAAAUCAUCCUGAAUGUGAACGUUUAUUUUUAAUGUGAACGUUGCAAUAAAAAAGGGCAGCUUUAUUUAAA